AUUCGACAAGUUUACAAGAUGAAAAAAAUAUUUAAUAAUAUAAUUGGAAAUUUUUUUAUAAUAUUAUUUUGUAUUAAUACAAUAUAUUGUAAAAGAGGUGGAAAAUUUCAUAAACAUGACGAAGAAUCAAACGAUGUAAAUUCAAUAUCAUCUGAAGCUGCUGCUAACGCUGUUAUUGAUGACAUAUUCAAUAUGAAACAAUACAUAAAAUUUGGUGAAAAUAAUAUGGUCACUGUACAGGAGAGUAGUGAAAUAUUACAUGAAAAUGGAACUGUUACAACAAAAUUAUGUUUGGACAAUGGAAUAUCUUUGAAUAUAAAUGCUAUACCCGAAAUUGAUAAUGAUAUAAAAAUUUAUACAAUUGCUGGUACAAUUGAAUUUAGUUCUCCAGAUUUCAUGUUGUAUUACAUCGAAUUUAAUGCUAAUUCUGAUAAUUUUACAAUUCUUCAAUAUGAAAGAAAGAUUCAAAUUGGAUUACGUGCUAAUGCAAAACAAUUGGCAGCUUUAGCUGGAUGAAUGAAAAUUAUCUUAAUAUUCUAUAAAUACUAUAGAUUCUCUAUUUCGGAUUAAAAAUUUAUUGACUUGCAUC